UCGCCAUGCUGAGGGACAAGGAGCCCGGGUCCUUCGUCGUCCGGGACAGCCACUCCUUCCGAGGCGCCUACGGCCUGGCCAUGAAGGUGGCCACGCCCCCACCCUCCGUCCUGCAGCUGAACAAGAAAGCCGGUGACUUGGCCAACGAGCUGGUCCGGCACUUCCUGGUCGAGUGCACCCCGAGGGGCGUGCGGCUCAAGGGCUGCUCCAACGAGCCCUACUUUGGGAGCCUGACGGCCCUGGUGUGCCAGCACUCCAUCACGCCCCUGGCGCUGCCCUGCAAGCUGCUCAUCCCCGACAGAGACCCGCUGGAGGAGGCACCAGACAGCCCACCCCAGACGGCGGCCAACUCCGCGGCCGAGCUGCUGAAGCAGGGCGCAGCCUGCAACGUGUGGUACCUGGGUUCCCUGGAGAUGGAGUCGCUCACCGGCCCCCAGGCCGUGCAGAAGGCCCUGAGCGCCACCCUGGCCCAGCAGCCGCCACCCCUGUCGACGGUCGUGCACUUCAAGGUGUCGGCCCAGGGCAUCACCCUGACGGACAACCAGAGGAAGCUCUUCUUCCGGAGGCACUACCCCGUGAGCAGCGUCAUCUUCUGCGCGCUGGACCCGCAGGACAGGAAGUGGGUCGCGGACAGCCAGGCGUGCAGAGUCUUUGGGUUUGUGGCCCGGAAGCAGGGCAGCGCCACGGACAACGUGUGCCACCUGUUUGCGGAGCACGACCCCGAGCAGCCCGCCAGCGCCAUCGUCAACUUCGUGUCCAAGGUCAUGAUCGGCUCCCCGAGGAAGGUCUGAGCCCCUCCCGGCCGGGCCACCGGCUGGGCCCCUGCUGGGCCCCUGGGGUGACCCCGACGCCUGGCUCCUCCGGCUUCCCGAGACCCAGCACCGCCCCAGCCCCUUCCCGAGACGGACACGUCCACGCGUCCGCAGCCGGGCCUUCUGGGCAGAAUUGGGCACCAGGGCACCACCCAGCUCCGCACCCGGGACGUGCAGGGUCUGUGGUCGGGGCCUCCUGCCCGUUCCGCCGUGGCCUGAGGGGCCGCCAGAGUGUCCCCCACUGUGGCCGAGGGCUCCUGUGCCCCCGACGCCCGGGGCCUCUGCCUCAGCAGGUACACACCUGUGACGAGUCGUGCAGGUGGGCCCUUGGGGAACCCAGGGCACGAGAGGGGACGCGUGGUGGGCUGUGAGGACAAGGGCACCUCCGUGGCCAAGAGCC